AUGGAUCCAUCAACGACUCUCUUCACUUUCUUGUUUCAAACUCCCCCUUCGACACAGUCCGUGCAGCUUAUUGGGUCGUGGGACAAUUUUAGCCAAUCUCACCCCAUGCAACGAGACAUCCGGCGGGGCCGUGAUCAGUGGAGAGGUUGCUAUUCUUUCCGUGACAUUGUCUGUGACGACGUUUCCGUCUCGGCUUCUGCGACGUGCGCUGGCGUAGGCGCUGGAACAAGCUCAAGCUCAGGUACUGGCACAGCACCUUCGUAUCCCAACAAGAGGCACGGUGGUCUUAAGAUGGGUCAUACCUAUUAUUACUACUAUGAGCUAGAUGGCUCGGUCGAGACACACGACCCUAGCCUCCCUUCAACCACAGCAUGCCCAUACCUACCUGGUCAAACUGUCAAUACUUUAAUCGUUCCUGUCGAGCAGGCUCUCAGGCAGCGAAGUGCUUCUCUCACCUCUAUGCGUGCCACCGAUCUCAAGACCAUGAAUCCCGAAUCCAAGUACAUUACCCCUCGACCUGCACCUUCAGUACCAGCCAACCACAUUCCCUACCGGGUUGGCUCAUCUCCAUCACUAAAUCACAAGUCUUCGUCCCGUUCAUUAUCACCUGCCCCGGCGGCAUGGAAGCGCUUGUUUGGUCGAAAGGUGAACUCUGAGGGCGAGCGUGGGCGAUCUCCCAUCCGCAACGACUUGUCUGGUCCCGCCGAGGAUAUCGACGAACGUUGCACGACGCCAUCAGAGGGUACUCGAACAAGAGAUAUCUCACCAGAAUCUCUUCGACGCUUCCUAUCGGAUGACCUUCCUCCUCGCCCUGGUUCUAACCUCAGUGAAAGACCAUCUCUAGUCAUCCCUGAAGAUGUAGAGGAUAACGAGAACGAUGACGACGAUAACUUUGCUACUUCAGCAGCAUCUGAUGGACAGCCCUAUGUCACUCGUCUCUCACCCCCUCCCUUCAAGCGAACUAUUUCCUCCGAGUCAGUCAGGAGUGAUGCCGCUCAUUCAAGCACGCUGCCUCUGAUCCCUUCAAAACCAUCUAGGAAGGACUUGUUAGAGGUCAGCGGUGUGCCUGCAUCUGCUGUUCUUCCUUCGCGACCUAGGCUGGAGACUCUUCGGGCUCCUAACUCUCGAAUCAACCCUGCCACGAGCUUCUUCUUGUCGCCGGCCACGCCAAACUUUCCUGAAGAUGAAGGAAGCAACUUCUUUGAUCUUACCGAUGAUGAGGACGACGUUGUAUCAAGCAGCAACAGUGACAUCCUCGCAUUUCAGCCUGUUCCUGGCAUGGCCCCUACUACUGACUCCUUCGAGUGCUACAGUCUCCCGGAGUCUCGGGAACAAGGACGGAAAAUUGUCGAGUCCCAAUCGGCCUACGCCAAGGUUAACUCUACAUCGCUUCUUUCUCGCGGCGACAGCGGAAACUUCCUCGGUGCGCCUAUCGAUACCGGUCUGGACGACUUUGCGGCCGAGCUGGGCUGGAUGGUUGACGUUAUUGGCUCCAAGGCCAACUAG